AUGCCCAUGUCUGUGGCAAAAGUGGUGUACUCUCACGCAGGUCUGUGCCCAAAUGACCUGAACCCCAACCUGUGGGUGGAUGCUAUGAGCACCUGCAUGCGCGAGUGUGAAUCUGACCAGGACUGUGAGUCCUUUGAGAAGUGCUGCCCUAAUGUCUGUGGUAACAAGAGCUGUGUGGCAGCACGCUAUAUUGACAUUAAGGGCAACAAAGGCCCCGUUGGAAUGCCAAAGGGCGCCACCUGCGACAAGUUCAUGUGCUCCCAGCAAGGGUCCGAGUGCGACAUCUGGGACGGCCAGCCUGUCUGUAAGUGCCGGGACCGCUGUGAGAGAGAACCCCACUUCACGUGUGCAUCUGACGGCAUGACAUAUUAUAACAAGUGCUACAUGGAUGCAGAGGCCUGUUCCAAGGGUAUCUCUAUCUCUGAGGUCACCUGCAGGUACCACCUGACCUGGCCAAACACCAGUCCACUCCCCGCGGAGACCACCUUACAUCCCACCACUGCCCUCCAGACCACCCUCCCAGCUGACAUCCAGCUCCCCACCAUACACAGCGGCCCCACCCAACAGGCUGUUUUUGAGGGUGAGACAGCGAGCUUCCUGUGUGAGGUGUCUGGGAAGCCAAGGCCAGAAAUCACCUGGGAGAAACAACUGAAGGGCAAAGAGAACACCGUAAUGAAACCCAAUCAUGUCCAAGGGAACGUCGUGGUCACCAACAUCGGCCAGCUGGUCAUAUACAAUGCGCAACUUCAGGAUGCCGGCAUCUAUACGUGCACAGCCAAAAAUGUUGGGGGUAGUGUAUCAUCACACUUUCCCUUGGUAGUGAUCAAGAGAGAAGUGAAAGGUAAGAAUGCAGAGGGGAAUAGCACCAACCUGCCAUUUCCAGCUGAAGAGUGCCUUAAGAGUGCAGACACAGAUGACUGUGGAGAAGAGAGCAUGAGCUGGUACUAUGAACCAAAGAGGAACAAUUGCUUCACCUUCACUUACAGUCAGUGCAAUAAAAACCGUAACCAUUUCGACACCUAUGAAGACUGCAUGCUGUCAUGCGGUGCAGAGCUGGCGGCUCCCUGUAGCCUACCGAGCCUCCAGGGGCCUUGCAAGGCCUAUGAGCCUCGCUGGGCUUAUAGCAGCAGCCUUAAAAAGUGCCAGUCCUUCGUGUAUGGCGGCUGUGGUGGCAACGAGAACAACUUUGAGUCUAAAGAGGCCUGCGAAGAGAUGUGUCCCUUUCCGAAGAACCACAACUGCAAGAUGUGUAAAACCCGAGCCAAGAUGGUCACCAGCUUCUGCAAAAGUGACUUUGUGAUCCUCGGGCGUGUGACUGAGCUGACUGAGGAGCAAGAGUCAGGCCACGCGUUGGUGACAGUGGAGGAGAUCUUGAAGGAUGACAAGAUGGGUCUGAGGUUCUUUGGCAAAGAGCCCUUGGAGGUGACUCUUCUGAACAUGGACUGGAACUGCCCCUGCCCCAAUAUCACUACAGCCAACGGGCAGCUCAUCAUCAUGGGGGAUGUUCACAACGGGAUGGCCGUCCUACAGCCCGACAGCUUUGUUGGCUCCUCCAGCACUCGUAGAGUCAGGAAGCUACGUGAGGUUCUCCACAAGAAAACCUGUGAUUUCCUUAAAGAUUUCUCUGCCGUCCAGUAAAGUCUCACACUCCACUGACCUCACCAGUAACUGCUAGUAAACACAAAACUAGUAAAUUAUCUGUAUCAUUGGAGGUUGCCUGUUUCAGAUGUUUUUCCAUACAUACUUCUUUUUCCUUAUUGCUCAGUAGAUCUCAGAAAAUUGCUCCUCACAGUUUUACUGUUGUCACUGAUGCUUUUUGUCAGUUGUUUUCAUUCAUGACUUCUGUGAAGAAGUAGAAAGAAAAGUCUAUUUUUUUUUUUUUACUGGAAUCAAGUUUUGAUGGCCACACCUAGGGUACACUGUCUGGAAAGGGCAGUUAGAAGGGGAUUUAGUGUUAGCAACAAGCAUUUACCCUGUACAAAGUAUUUAAUCUUUAUAGUGGUUCACUAAAAUGGCAUUAUAUUUGCUCUCCAUGUUAUCUUAAACAAACUAAUAUAAUUCAUUUAGCAGUAUUUUUAUAAUAUGACUGGUACGUUUGCUUUAUGUAUUUUGUGGGUUAUCACAAAAAAAACAAUAUAAAGAAACACUGUGUAACAUCUGUCCAGAGCACUUGAGCUCACAAAGCCUCAGAUUAUGUACCAGAAUCAAAUAAGCUCUUUGGUUUCAUAUUUUGUGGAAUCUGUUUUGAUACGUUUUUAUUUUCAGUUUUUCA